AUGGAUUCUUUAAAAAAAUAUAUUGGUGAAGUUAACACAAAGAUAUCCAACACAUCGGAUGCAGACAAAGAAGCUGUUCAAACAAUCAAAAAUGCAAUUCAAGAGUUAGAGGAAUUCUUAAGUAAUAAUGUUUGUGAUGAAUCGGUCAUCAAACAACAACACGAAGAUUUACAGAAACAAGGCAAGAUACCGAGUGAUUGGGAAGAAUAUCUUGCCAGUAUAAAGAAAGCCAAUAAUGAUAGAAUUCAAGAGAGAAAUAAAUUAGAUUAUAAUCCAGAGAAUGAUAAUAUUAUCAAAACCUUUGCAAAACAAAAAGAUGCAUUGGAGACAGAGACAUUUGAUAAUCUAUUCGAAGAGUUGGAUAAGAAAACUUUCUCCAGAGAGGUGUCUCAGAGUGGAUCACGUGAGUUUAUCGUUUCAAAGUCUUAUCAGUCGUUUUGGAAUGAAUAUAGAUUGACAGAGCCAAAGAAUCACUACGAGUUGAUCGAAGAGAAUGAGCCUUGUCAUCUCUAUUUCGAUAUCGAAUAUCAACGUGAAUAUAAUCCACAGCUAGAUGGCAGAUCUGACAAAGUAAUGGAGGUACUCUAUUAUUACAUAAUCUUAGAGCUAAAACAGCAACUAAACAUCGAUAGUGAACACUCCGAUGUGCUGGAACUAGACUCGUCUACACCCAUCAAAUUCUCUAAACAUCUAAUAUGGCAUCUUAAACAACAUUGUUUUAAAAGUAAUGAACAUGUUGGAAGAUUUAUAAAGAUUGAAAAAAGAAUAUCAUUGUUGCUGAAUCAUAAUAAUAAUAAGGAUGACGAUGACUAUGAAGAAAAUGAUAUAGACUAUAGUCAAUUUGAUAAGGAUGAUUUGGAUAUUCUGCAAGAGGUAUUCAUGGCAAGUCUCAUCACCAAUAUAGAUCAAUAUUCAAAACCGAUAUCAGUUGAACUGGAUCCAAAUAUCAUUAGUGACAACAACAAUCAAUCGACAACAUCAUCAACAAUCACCUCAAAGAAUAUAGAUAUGAAACAACAAUCUGGAUAUCCAAAGUUAGACAAUUACAUUCGUCAGUAUAUCAAUAGUAGAGGUGGAAAGAAUAAAGGAUACCUAAGGUCAAUCACAAAAGUAGAGUUGUCCAAUGGGACGGUGUUGCUUCGUUACUAUGUCGGAGGAAACAGGUACUGUGAGAACAUUCAACGUGAACACAAAAGUCAGCAUAUCUAUCUAGAAGCAAAUCUCACAAGAAAUCUAUUGAUACAACGCUGCUUUGAUGUAGAUUGUAAACACUUUAAAUCAUCAGAACUCGACAUAUCAUCAUACCUUUAA